CUCUAUGACACAGUUAAAUUGACUCAGUGCAAACAGGUGUCAGUUGCCUAGCUACAUUUUGAAAGUUAUUUUAAUUAACAUUCAAUGGUUGAGACAGUUAAACUGGGGAUACUGUGAGAGGGUAGCUUCUAAAUCUUAAAAGAGAAGACAAAAAAAACUACACUAGGCUCAAAGGAAAAUGGACUUGACAUUACAUUAAGAAGUGGAAAAGGGUAAACUGCAGCUCUGCAGCAAUGAUCACCUCUAUCACCCUUCCCCACCUCAACGUGCCACCUCACCCUGCACCACAACCCUCCACGGACAGCGAGGAGCUCAGCGAGGACGACCUAAGUGCACCUCAAUCAAAUCCUCAUCAUGUGGGGAAUAUGAAUAACAGCAAUAACAAUGAAGAAGAGAAAAAGAAAAAAAGGAAAAAGGAGAAGAAAGAUAAGAAAGAAAAGAAGGAGAAGAAAGAAAAGCAGGAGAAAGAGAUGAAGGAAAAGGAAGAAAAGGAAGCAAAAGAAAAAGAAGCUAAAGAAAAAGAAGCUAAAGAAAAAGAAGCAAAGGAGAAGGAGAAAAAUAAGCCUAAAGAACUAUUUGUCAUUAAUCCUGCUGGAAAUUUGUACUACAACUGGCUCUUCAUCAUCACAAUGCCAGUCAUGUACAACUGGACCAUGAUCAUAGCCAGGGCUUGCUUUGAGGAGUUGCAGCACAACUACAUCAUCUAUUGGGUGUUUCUGGACUACACCUCGGACAUUAUCUACCUGGCUGAUAUGUUCUUCAGAACAAGAACAGGUUACCUUGAACAAGGCCUGAUGGUGAAAGACGAGAAGCUGCUUCGGGAUCGCUACAUCACCAGCUUCCAGUUUCGUCUCGAUGUCAUCUCCAUGUUGCCCACUGACUUCCUCUAUUUCUUCCUCGGCAUCGACUACCCAGAGAUCCGCAUCAACAAGCUGCUGCGAAUCGGACGUAUGAUGGAGUUCUUCACAAGAACAGAGACGAAAACCAACUAUCCCAACAUCUUCCGCAUUGGGAACCUAAUCAUGUACAUCCUCAUCAUCAUCCACUGGAAUGCCUGCUUCUACUUCUCUUUCUCCAAAUCUAUUGGUUUUGGCGCUGAUGAUUGGGUUUACCCAGCUCUGGAUGAUCCUGACGAGCCUGACUUCGGGCUACCCAUGAGGAAGUAUGCUUUCAGCCUCUACUGGUCCACACUGACCCUGACCACCAUUGGAGAAACUCCACCACCAGCUCUGGACUCAGAGUUUUUCUUCCAUGUAGUGGACUUUUUAGUAGGAGUCUUGAUAUUUGCUACCAUCGUGGGAAACAUUGCCACCAUGAUUUCCAACAUGAAUGCCGCCCAAGCACAGUUUCAGGCCCGCAUUGACAACAUCAAGCAGUACAUGCAGGUUCGAAAGGUUAGUAAAGAUCUUGAGCUGCGAGUCAUCAAGUGGUUUGACUAUCUGUGGAAUAACGGCAAGGCGCAGGAUGAAAGAGAGGUGCUCAGGUAUCUUCCAGACAAGCUAAAAGCGGAAAUAGCCAUCCAAGUCCAUAUGGACACGCUGAAGAAAGUUCGUAUUUUUGCAGACUGUGAAGCCGGCCUGCUGAUCGAGCUCGUGCUCAAACUCCGGCCGCAGGUGUUCAGCCCCGGAGACUACAUCUGCAAGAAGGGUGACAUUGGACGUGAGAUGUAUAUUAUCAAAGAUGGAAAACUCGCAGUUGUCGCCGAUGAUGGUGUCACACAGUUUGUUGUAUUGGGAAGUGGCAGCUAUUUUGGUGAGAUCAGUAUCCUUAAUAUUAAAGGCAGCAAAGCGGGAAACAGGCGGACAGCCAACAUUCGCAGCAUCGGAUACUCAGACCUCUUCUGCCUGUCAAAGGAUGACUUAAUGGAAUCGCUGAUAGAGUAUCCGGAUGCCAAAAGCAUGCUGGAGGAGAAGGGUCGGCAGAUCCUGUUGAAAGAUGGUCUGAUCGAUCUGGACCCAGCUAACAUCAAGCCUGAGGCCAAAGAGCUGGAGGAGAAGGUCAACAAGUUGUACAACACGAUGGAGCUGAUGCAGUUUAAGCUUAAGAAGAUUCUGGGAAAUUACAAGAACACUGACAAAGCUCUGAGACAUCGCAUUACAGAUCUGGAGCGCCUGACAGGAGAUGAGGUGGAGGAAGAGGAUGAGGAGGAAGAUGUGAAAAAGGAAGAAAAACCUGAGGAAGGGCAGAAAAAAGAAGAUGAAAUAGUGGAAGAGAAAAAGGAGGAGGAAGAGGAAAAGGGUGAGAUGAAAAAGGAAGAGGAGGAAAAAGGAGAGGAGGAAAAGAAGGAAGAGGAAAAAGCAGAUGAAGCAAAAGCUGAAGAAAGAAAAGGGGAAUGAAAAUGAGGAAAUUACAGAGGAAGACCAAAAAAUUAAAAAAUAAACCCAUAGUUUCUGCAACACAACUAGCUCUUUUCUAUGUAGCUGUAAUAGAAUCUUUAUCACAAAGAUUUUUUUUGUCACUGGACUUGCUUCUUGAAUGACACACAGGAGAAACGAACUGAAACACCUCAUCCAACCCGUCCUGAAAAGGUGUUGCCAUUGUAUGUAUAUGUACAUUGUAAAAUAUAAAUGUGGGACAAAUGUUGCCAAUGAUAAUAUUGACAUUCAAUUCAAAUAAAAUAUUGGGUUCA